AUGACUUCGACUAUCGUACAGAGUAUUCACAAUACUCAUUUGAUCGCAAAGUGGGGGUCAAGCCAGCCUUCUGUGGUACCAGGAGUUCGCAAAUUCAUGAAUAAAGCCACCCAAGGAACAUCGUGGGAUCAGCAGGGCUCAUCGCAAGACCAGCAGGAUGCCGAAGGUCUAGUUAGUCAGCAAUUCCCUUCGGACAAAAAUUCUCCCUCUCACCAUCAGGAUGAUGGUCAGUAUCAUCCAGAUAAACAAUCCUCUUCAGCCAAGAAAGGUAUCUCCCAAACUUGGGAUGAUGACCAAUAUCAUGAAGGAUCACCCUGGGGUGAAGAAACCCCUUCCACUCCUUCUAGCAAUGGUCAUCAAUAUAAUAGGAACCAGCAAGCAACAGAAGGCCAGCCUCAUAUGGCUAAACAGCUUGCCUCCACACAGCUCGGAACAACUUUCAACGCAGACGGUGUCCAGUAUGAUCCGAAUCAGCAAUCAAACUGGGACCACAUUGCCCCAUCUGGCGAAGAUUUGAAUUCCGCAGUCGAUACUAUCCAGCCAUCUAAUCCCACCCAAUCACAUCCAGUGGUCACUACCAACCUGGCAACAUCAACCAGUGUUCCAUCAAUACCCGCGUCCCCAACAUCAAACACAUCAGCUAGUUCAACGGCUGCACAUGCUGGCAUUGCUCUAUCAGUCACCGGCACCGCAGGGUUUAUUGCGGUUCUCAUUUUGCUUCCACUUUACAAAAAACGCAGGCGCCUUCGACAAGCACUUUCUGAAAAAGAAAGUGUUAGCAUACACAAUCCUCUUGACAGCACCAGCCGAUUUUUCAACGAGUUCCUGUCAAAAAUUUACAUCUACGGUAUUCGGCUGAUCUCUUCAAUGUCAGAUUUAGUGAGGCCUAAGCGACAAACUUUGAGACAUGUUACGUAUUUUGGGGGUACGCAACCUGGAAAUGAGACAGGCAGUGCUACUAUCGACUCAAGCAAGUCUCCACAAAUAGAGAUUCGCUCCACACUAGAGCACUCACCACCUGCUUCGAUCGCUUUCUGGGUGACGGAGUCUACAUCGAGUUCCCAUAGCAUGAAAGCACCAUCAAAAGACCAAUAUAGAGGGCAAACUGAAUGCCCUUACGUGGGUCAUAUAUAUGACAUGGACCCCCUAGAAAAAACGAGCAUGGAAAACCUUCUCGCUGCGCACCCGUUGGUGAAAGAUAUUUAUACCGUGGAAAUGGAUUACAAUUCAUCCAGAGUGGGCCAACUUGACCUUCGUGUUGGCCAGCGUUUGGCUAUAUUGCAGACUUUUGACAGUGGAUGGGUAUGUGUUCCUGAAGUUCUUGAGGUAUGGAAUACAUGA